GAGUGUGAGACACGUUCACACCCCCCGGAUGUUACCAGGAGACACCACGAGGCCACGCCCACCCACCCCCUCCCCGCCCGCUCCCCUUCAAGUGCUCCGUCACCAUCGAUUCUCACCGAGAGAUUUAUUGAAGCGAAUGAUGCUUCAAAGUCUAUUUACGGAUAUAACGUUACAGUCAGGGGUAAAUUGGAAUCUCCAAAAAAAUCCAUUGAAUGUUAGUUUUGUCCAAUGAAAUGAGAAAUCUGCGUAAUGUGUGGAAGGGUGGCUGGGCGCACCCUUAGAGAUAGGGUGAGGAGUUCGGUCAUCCGGGAGGAGCUCGGGGUGGAGCCGCUGCUCCUCCACAUCGAGAGGAACCAGCUGAGGUGGCUCGGGCAUCUGAUCCGGAUGCAGAAGAAGUGAAGAUGGUCCAGCAGCUGCCGUGGGGCUGCCCUCGUCUCUGGUUCUGUCCCGGGAGCGGGUCGUCAUGGCAGAAGAGGCUAAAUUAUCGCCUCUGACAGGAGAGAUGGAAGGCGGUGAUGGCGCCCUGGCUCCUUUGAGUUUGUGCGGAGUGUCGGUGCUGUCGUGUCUGCUGCUCGCCUGCUCCUAUGUCGGCAGUCUGUACGUGUGGCGCAGUGAUCUGCCCAGGGAUCACCCUGCUGUCAUCAAGAGACGCUUCACCAGCGUGCUGAUAGUGUCUGGGCUGGCUCCGCUCUUUGUGUGGGCAUGGAGAGAAUUCACUGGAGUCAAGACCACCCCAUCUCUAUUGGCUUUGAUGGGAAUCCGCUUUGAAGGCUUGAUUCCGGCCGUCAUACUUCCUCUGCUGCUGACGAUGGUCCUUUUCCUGGGGCCACUAAUGCAGUUGGCUUUCGACUGUCCCUGGAGCUUCAUGGACGGGAUCCGCGUAGCUUUUGAUCCCUGCUUCUGGAUGUUAUGUUUCAGUGACAUGCGCUGGUUGAGAAACCAGGUGGUGGCACCACUAACAGAAGAGCUGGUGUUCCGGGCUUGCAUGCUGCCAAUGUUGGUGCCAUGUGCCGGUCCAGCUACCGCCAUCUUCACCUGCCCGCUCUUCUUUGGAGUUGCUCACUUCCAUCAUAUGAUUGAGUUGCUGCGCUUCAGACAGGGGACGCUGUCAGGGAUUUUCCUUUCUGCAGUGUUCCAGUUCUCUUACACCGCUGUGUUUGGGGCAUACACAGCAUUCAUCUUCAUCAGAACUGGUCACCUGAUGGGUCCAGUGCUGUGUCACUCCUUCUGCAACUACAUGGGUUUCCCCGCCAUCAGCACCGCCAUGGAGCACCCACAUCGCCACAUAGUCCUCUCCUCUUACCUGAUGGGUGUCGUCCUUUUCUUCCUCCUCCUCUUCCCAUUCACCGACCCCUCCUUCUACGGCCUGCCUACACCAGUGUGCUCCCUUGCCUCCACCACAAGCUCUCUAUGCCUGCCCUGACCUCAGUCAAGCCCACGCACUUCUCGUCUUGCAGAUGAAGGUGCUUUGUGCAGUUGCCAAUAUCAGGUCGGGACUUCCACGUCCUCUAGUGGUCACCGUAAGAAGUUCAGUCACAUGACACAAAUAAGCUGGUUCGGAGGAUUAUGUGAAAACAGCUGCUUAUCAUUGCUGGUUCGGUGUCGUCAUGACACCUCAAGCUGUACCUCGUUUUAAAGUGAACGUUCUAGGUUAUUAGAGUUGCGGUGGGUCUUGUGUUUGUUCCUGCUAAGGCAAGUUGUGGGUAGGGUUUGCACAUAGAGAAUUCCCAUCACACGACGAUGGUUGUUCGGAAAUCAUUUUCAUACCAAAGCAUUUUAUCUGCUGUUAGGUUUUUCAUUGCGCAGGUGUUUCUGCAACCUCUGAAAACGCCUGAGGCGCAUGAAGAAAACAAUGCAAACACUUCACUUUCAUUUUGGCCUGCAGCCUGUUUGAUGUCUUGCAGUGAAGGCCAUCGACAUUUUAGGUGUGUAGUAUAUGAUGUAAGGCUUUUAGACGUUAGCAGACACUAUAAACUGGAGCACCACGCUCAUGUUUUCCAACUUAGCUGCUGAGUGGGAGGUGGAACUUUUAGUUUGCUGUCUUGACGCACACAGUUGAUGCUUCAAGAGUAAGACUUGACAGACAGACAUCAUGUUCAGAUGGCACCACAUCAUGAAGGAAGCCAUUCUUAAACAUUGGAAACAACAGCAAUGUAGUUAAUAGCCUCCCACAGUUUAUUUCCUCUCACAUUUAUUGCCGUGUGACAUAACAUUAUGUGAAAUGAGCAAAUAUUUUUUUGUGACGUUCAGUUGAACAUGUUCAACUCAUUUAGUAUAUCUUUGUGUUGCACGCGUGCUUCAGUUGUAGUUGGAUUUUCUACUUGAUCACAGACUAAUGACUAGAUGCCGAUCAUUGAUGUACAAGACCAUUAGAUAUAUUUUUGUGCUUUUUAAUAGAGAGACCAGAGCGAUAGUAAUAAAUUACAUUCAUACUGUGAAGAAGCCACAUGCUACCCGUUACUUCAGCAAUAAUCACAAUAAACCGACCGUUUGUGUACAUAAUUUAUCUGGGUCAAGGUACUCGUUUUGAAGGCCUGUCCUGUGUAGUUACAUGACAAUGUUGCCAGAGGGCGCUAGAGUUUCAUCUUACGCCGCAGCCGUCUCCUCAAAGUUGCGAAGUGGACUUUAAGAAGGGUAAAAGUCACGUGGUGAAGUGCGCAAGGCUGACAAGCAGAAGAUGCUCCAGUUAAGUCCUUUCUGUAGUCGGAGUGUUGAGUAACAUAUAUAGUUUCCAUUCUAUUGAUUAUGUGUACUUUUCCAGCAGGUGUUUGUUUUACCUAUCCAUGGCAGCACUGUAGUGUCAUGACUCAUCAUGGCUUGCUACUGUCUCAGAAAACGGCUUCCAAUGUGGCAUCUUCUCCUCACAUGGCACACAUUCUUCACUCCUGUUUACUUCAGUUGAGUUUGGCCCAGUCAGUCAUCUCCGUACCACUGGUGUCAGACUCCUCACACGUUUGGCCACCCUGUUCUUUCUGCGUAUCCACGGCCUUAGCACCGCUUAACACAUUGAGUGUCGGUCCAGCCAUGACAUGACAUGACAUGACAUGACAUGUCCUUGUCUUUGUAUCUACAUUGUACACUGUCUCACCACCCCUGUGCGUGGAUUUUGAUCAGAUGAAGCACUGAAGCAAAAAAUGCCUCUGCUGCUGUGUAACCACUUCUAAUUUAGCAAAAGCGCUCCCCUUAUUUAUACUUGAGGCUUUUUCGUGAAGUUUGCUGCUUCAGCUUCUUUAUAGCCUCAUUUUACCAUUUGUGCUGCAUAAUUUUGUGGCCUUAAAUAACAAAUAUCAAAAUAUAAAGCAUUAAAUUCUUAUCCAUUUCAAUGAUCCAGUCUGAAAAGAGUCUCCAUUUGGCUGUCUGAGUCUCCCUAGAGACCAUGAGACAGUAGACAAGUGUAAUGAAGAUUUCGUCACACAGCUGUGAUGCCUCUUCAGCUGCUCUCACUGCUCUUGCCACAUACCACUGUCACUAAACUGGCUUCACCAGUGACUUCCGCUCUGACCUCCACUGCUCAGUGUCAGCACUCGAUCAGUGUUUACGACAUUGCAGUUUUUCACAAGGUGCAUGUCCUUAAGUCUGCAGACAAAACCAAACCAUUGAAGUCUGGAAAUGUAAGCGCAGUAAGUCAUCCUCAUCCUCAACCUCACCAGUCAGUCUUGGACAUCACAGCCGUGGGCGCUUCCUGUUUGAACACUUGAUGUGAUUUCCGAAUUCUUGGCAGUGGAUGAAUGCACCAGGCUGAAGCUCAGUAAGGUCAGCAGCUCCUCCAAUAUUAAAUUCCUUUCCCAUCCAUCCAGAAAGUGUAUGUUUGGACUGAUCAAUUCUAAGCGAAGGUUCCCCAGCCGUUGGCUCCCUUGGUUGUUUAGUGUACUUUAACCAUGACUCAUUGUUUAACGCGCUUGCUGUUUCAGUUCAGCCAAACAUUUCCUUCCUCUCGCCACGCCAGCCUUUAAAUCACACCUUAUUGUGUUAGUAUUUGCUGCUGGUUUGAUGAGAUUUUUCUAGUCUGAGAAGAGACUCGGCGUGUGAUCGGCCUGGUCCAGAUGUUGUUUUUCUCGGAGGUCCCAACACGGUUUCUUCAGGCUUUUGGUUUCAUUUCUGGAUCAAGUAAACAAUCAGGAAAAGAGCCUGAUGUUAUAAGAAGAAGCAAAAACACUGCAGCCGAACAUGCUCUGCCAACAAUCACAUGUCAGAAUCUUCUGUUGAGAUCUGGAGUCUGUGCAUCUGUAACAAUACGCACAGCCCACAGAGACGUCUAUUUUUGCUGCAGAGCCGUGAUCCAGAGGUGGGAAGGUUUCACAAGUCGACUCUGGAGCGCCGCUUGAUGUUGAUAUACGCCACUAUUUUAUACGCAGAGCUAUUUUGAAGUGAAAUGUGCAUGUAUUUUAUGCCGACUGGCACAGAGUGGCGUGUUUUAGUACGACAAUCUUUUACACAAAAUUUGAAAUCUGUCAUUUGUAAGUAAAUUAAAUAAACGUCUGUUUUUCAGAAGCUGUCAAA